GUAUGCUGGAGGUGAGUGUGAUUGAAGGUGGAGCAGGUCCUGACUCACUCAGUGAAAAGAAAGACCCUGUGCCUAUAUAGAGCCUUUCACUACCUGGAGCUCUUCCCAGCCACUCAAGCGCUGACUUUUUUGCAGGUCCUAUCAGCAGUAUCCUGGUGAACAAAUAUGGCAGUCGGCCAGUGGUGCUAAUGGGUGGGCUGUUGGCGAGCUCAGGAAUGAUCAUCGCUUCGUUCUGCAAUAGCAUUGUGGAGCUUUACUUCUGUAUAGGAGUAAUCGGGGGGUUCGGACUCGCCUUCAACUUGCAACCGGCGUUGACUAUGAUUGGCAAAUACUUCUACAAGAGACGCCCCUUGGCUAAUGGACUAGCGAUGGCUGGAAGCCCAGUGGUCCUCAGCACAUUGGCUCCUCUUAACCAAUAUCUCUUUGACAACUACUCAUGGAGAGGAGGUUUCUUGAUCCUGGGGGGGAUCCUGCUCAACUGCUGUGUGGCCGGAGCCCUCAUGCGCCCCAUAGGCCCUCUGCAGACCAGUGCAUCCAAACCACAAGUGGACGCCAAGCUUGAGGCUGGCACGAACUCUGACCUUCUGACCAGUGAACCCAAAGCAAAGCUCAGCAUUGUCCAAACCAUCAGCAACUACUUGGACCUGUCACUUUUCAAACACAGAGGCUUCCUGAUCUAUCUGUCUGGCAAUGUCAUCAUGUUCUUUGGUCUAUUCGCACCCCUGGUCUUCUUGUCCUCUUAUGCCAAGAAUAUGGGCAUUGAUGAGUACAAAGCAGCCUUCCUCCUUUCCAUCCUGGCUUUCGUGGACAUGUUUGCUCGACCAUCCAUGGGAUUCCUGGCCAACACCAAGUGGGUGAGGCCAAAGAUCCAAUACUUUUUCUCAUUCUCCAUCCUCUACAAUGGUGUCUGCCACAUCAUGAUGCCCUUGGCAACUGACUAUAUUGGCCUGGUGAUCUACACCAUCUUUUUCGGGUUUGCCUUUGGCAUGCUGAGCUCCGUACUGUUUGAAACCUUGAUGGACAUGGUUGGGGCACAGAGGUUCUCCAGUGCAGUUGGACUGGUGACCAUAGUGGAGUGUUGUCCAGUAUUACUGGGACCUCCGCUCCUAGGCUUGCUGAAGGACGCGUACAAUGACUUCCGCUAUGUGUAUUUCGCUUGUGGAGCAGUUUUGAUCGUCGCGAGUAUCUACCUGUUCAUUGGCAACGCAAUAAAUUACCGUCUCCUCGAGAAGGAGAGGCAAGCGGAGGAGCAGAAAUUGAAACACGAAGCGAUGGUUGACUUCAACGAGACCAAACCAGACAUUUCAUCCACGGGGCAAAAAUAUCAAGAUGGAAUAAUGGAUCAGGACACGGAUAUUUAAGGGUGGGAAGGCUUCUGGUUUAUUUUAUACAUUUGGUUUCAUUGGGAUUUCUGCCAGCCCCCCAUUUCACCACCCCCCACACUUAUAUUUCUGGAGGGGUGCAGUGAAAGAUUGAUGGAGUGUUGGCUUCUCCCAUCAUUGGCCAUUGCCUCCAUCGUCCUAGGGUUGCCAGCACUCUGGAGUUGCCCUGGAGUCUCCAGGAACUGAUCUCCUGGACAAUGCUCUGAGCAGUCAAAAGGAAAAAAAAAAUCACAAGGGCAUUAAAAGAUUUAUACAUUUUUAUCCUUCCUUUGCGUAUUUUUAUUUUAUUAGUGCUAAAAAAAAAUUGGAGAUGGAGAUAAAUGGGUGUUUGGGCAGAUGGGGCACGAGGGUUUGUGUUGAAACCUCCAGGAAUAUGUGCAAUCAAUCCCAAUUGUGAUUGGGAAUGAGACAGAUGCUCCUCUUGUUUUGGGUGGGCAUUGGGGCUGGAAUUUCCCAGCCUCUCGUGCUGGUGGGAUCUCCGGUGCCAUCGAUGUGAACAGAGAUUUUUAAUGACUCGCUGACCCCGCUACUGGGGAACCCGCUGUGGGGGGACUGGAAAAUUCUGGCCUGUGGGUGGGCUUUAGACCCUCUGGCCCAUCCAGGCAGACCCACACAUCAGUGAUAUCUUGUGUAUCACUAUGAGGAGAAUUUUUAUCACUCGGAGGGUGGUGAAUCUUUGUGGAAUUCUAUAUCCCAAAUGUUGUGGGUACUUCAUCAUUGAAUGCAUUUAAGGCUGAGAUAGACAGAAUUUUGGUUUCUCAGGGAACCAAGGGAUAUGGGGAUCAGGUGGGAAACUGGAGUUGAGGCAGUAGAUCAGCCAUGAUCGUGUUGAAUAGCGGAGCAGGCUCGAUGGGCUGCUCCUAUUUCUUAAGUUCGUAGCCAGUCUCCAUCUCACCCCAAAACGAUUGACCUCCUAAGAGAGGUGAAAAACCCGAUUUAAAAACCCUCAGCUGAUUUUGGGGGAAAAUAAAUCUGGGGAAGUUCCUCCCUGACCCCACCAUGCAGAUCAUGGAGUAAUUUAGGGAGUUUCCAUGGGAUCUGAGAAUUCCAUACAGUGCCUACGUCUUGUACGAGCUGAUCUUCAUCCCAGCCAGAAACAGGUCCAGCUCUCGCUUGCAGGGUUACAGUGAAUCGGUGUCCACCACACGGAACAGUCCACACUUGGAAAAGACCCACCUCCUGAGCUUGAAACCUGGGGCUUGUACAUCUUAAAAUUGUGACCCCAACCCCCGCAUUGACCAUUUUAUGAUGCACCUCAGACCUUUCACGCAGUGAGCUCUUUGCAAUCCCACCCCAUCAAUCCCACCCUGGAUGAACACAGAAUCCGCCUGCCUCACAGAUCAAUAAUAUAGCAAUAGAACUAUCUUAGCACCAGGGAUUCUCCAUGUUAAUCAUUGUGUUGAGUGGAUGUCACCCUCGGAUAAUUGGACCUUGCCAGCUCAGGUUGUUGUACACAAGUAAGUAGACUACUGAAAGUUACAAUUAAAAAUGAGAAUAGUUUUUCAGCCCUGCUCCACAUCAAAUCUGAGGAUGAAGCAUAACCACAUGCACCCCCCCCCCCCAACUCUGUGUGCAUUUCUGUUGGGUGGGGAGGUGGGCGGUUUCUGAUGAGUCAUGGGUAACAAGGAGAGGUCACCUAAUCAGUUCAAUGAGUGCUGUAGUAAACACACCAAGCUGAUGAACAGGUUAGAAUUAAAUACAGUCAUGGAAUUCUUUCCAAAUAACCAGUCCCAUGGGCCUUGUUAAUUGGUAGCCCUGAGGGUUAGGUUGAGAAUCACUCACUUGGUCUUACACUGGAGUCACAGAGAGAUAAUGAACUAAUUGGGUUUCUCAUGUUUAAUUUAUUUGAUGCUUUCCUACAGAUUAUCAGUUGCUGGAAUUCAUUCCUUGCUGAGGUGGGUCUCGAACUUAAAACCUUAUGUUUGCUAGACAAGUACCAGAACUACUAAGAUACAUGGAAUUUACAGCACAGAAACAGACCAUUCAGCCCAACUGGUCUAUGCUGGUGUUUAUGCACCAUAUAAGCCUCCUCCUUCCUUGCAUCUCAUCCUAUCAACAUAUCCUAAUCCUUACCCCCCCCACCCCACAUGUUUAUCCAGCUUUCCCUUAAAUGCAUUUAACUAUUCACCUCAACUACUUCCUGUGGUAGUGAGUUCCACAUUCUCAUCACUUUCUGGGUAAAGAAGUUUCUCCUGAAUUUCAGAUUUGGUCUACCUCACAAAUGGAAACAUAUUCUAUAAGUUUCUUGUAUUUAAAGACCUCUUUUGGGCUGCCCCUUAGACUUCUCUUUACAAGAUAAAAGAGCCUAAUACUGUUCACUCUUCCCAGAUGGUUAUAACCUCCCUGUUCUAGUAUCACCCCCAUAAAUCUGUUUUGUACCUUCCCCAGUCUGUCUAUAUCCUUUCUGUAAUACGGAAAUCAGAACUGUUCAUGCUUCAUUAGGUGUGGCCUAACCAAAGUUUGAGAUAACGUCUCCGUUUUUAUAUAAAAACAUAAGAAUGCUGUCCCUCUAGAAAUGAACCCAGUGCUUGGUUUUUACACUUUAUGGCUUUUUUAUUGUACUCAUCAUGGGCAGCUUGAAAAUUCAGUUUUAAACAAAAUCUGUAAAUGAGUAACAGCGACUGUGAAUCUGUUAGAUUGUCAUAAAUAAUAUUCCUUUAGAGAAGGAAGCCUGCUAUCCUUACUGGCUCUGGACCUCUGUGUGGCUCCAAUCUCAUACCAAUGUGAUUAACUCUUAUCUCUCCCCUGAAGUGACCCAGCAAAGCUACUCUGUUGUAUCAAAUUGUUAUUGGUAGUUUAAGAGGGAGGCCCACCACCACAUCAUCAGAUUAACUAGGGACACAGCGACACGGGUCCUCAGAAUAAAAGUGAAGUUAAUGAUUACAACCCAGUGAGGAAGGGCAGGCUGAUCAAUGUGGUGGUACAGAAUUAUUUCAUCAGGGAUGGGUAUAUCUGGAGUUUAUCUUUCAUUACACUACAGCACGUCUUUGUUCUGUAUAUCCCUCAAUGUGGCUCCAAGGAGAUGGCAGCACAUUCCCUAUCUCCACUCCACUGUCAUUUAUUGAGCCCAGGCAGGCUUGAGGGAUCAGGAACUAAUGGAGUAGGUCUUUGUCUCAUCCAUGGGCUUCAUCUUUCAACUCCAGCCAAAACUAACUGAUGGACAACCAGCAUCAGCUACUAUGGAGGCAAAAGGAGCAAUAGGAGAUCAGGGAUCCCUAUUCCUGCAGUGUGUCUGGGAUUUCCCCAUUCCCACAGUGUGUCUGGGAUUUCCCCAAUCCCACAGUGUGUCUGGGAUUUCCCCAUUCCCACAGUGUGUCUGGGAUUUCCCCAUUCCCACAGUGUGUCUGGGAUUUCCCCAUUCCCGCAGUGUGUCUGAGAUCUCCAUUCCUGUAGUGUAUCUGGGAUCCCAUUCCCGCAGUGUGUUUGGGGUUCCCCCAUUCCUGCAGUGUGUCUGGCGCUGUUAUGAUUGGAUGAUAAACUAAAGUCCCAUUUGCCUGGCUGGGCUUGAACAGUGAAGCUCUGUGUCCUACCCAGCCAUCAUCCUUCUGUACCCAGUAACCCCUCAGUAUCUACACCCAUCCUCGAAAACUCCUCAGUAUUUACACCAUUCUCCACUGUCCUUCAUUAUGUGUCCUGUGCAGUAUUUGGUGCAGUACUGUGAGUGGUGUGAAACUCGAGAUGAUUUAAUGCUCUGUGUGGUCUCCUGCUCUCGUGAGGGAUGUACAUUCACUACCUCAUUUUUUUCAGAAACAAGACCAGAAUCGACUCAGUUCCUUGGAAGGCGUGUGUUUAAUGUCCAACAAGAGUUAUUUUGACAACCCUUUGUAAUAUCCGUCCAAUAUUCCUGUGUGUGACAAUCAAUGUAGAUUUAUUUUUGUUCUCAUUUACCAGAAGUUGAAUAUAAAAUCUAUGAAAAUGA